AUGGCUCUCUCAGUCCAAAUCUCGUUGCCCAAUGGCAAGAGCUACGAACAGCCUACCGGCCUCUUCGUCAACAAUGAGUUCGUUCAAGGUCAUGGUGAAAGGUUCACCGUGAUUGAUCCCGUAUCAGAAGGUCAAAUUAUCCAGCUUCAAGGAGCCUCAUCCGACGACAUAGACGGGGCAGUGGCUGCGGCUCGCGCGGCCUUUGAGGGGGAAUGGAGCGAAUUACCUUCCACCGAAAGAGGGGUGUUCCUCUACAAGAUUGCUGCCUUGAUCGAUCGUGAUCGUGAUCUCCUUGCUGCAAUUGACGCAUAUGAUAAUGGCAAGCUCCUGGCUGCUGCAGAAGGAGACAUCGAGGAAUCUUUCCAAGUGUUCCGGUACUAUGCUGGAGCAGCAGAUAAAAUCACCGGUCGCACUAUUGAGACGUCCCCCCAGAAACUAGCAUAUGUCCUACAAGAACCACUCGGAGUCUGUGGUCAGAUUAUUCCCUGGAACUUCCCUCUGAUGAUGCUUGCCUGGAAAGUGGCCCCUGCUCUCGCAUGCGGAAACACAGUCGUUCUCAAACCCGCCGAGCAAACUCCCCUGAGCGCUCUAUAUUUCGGUAAGCUAAUCAUCGAAGCUGGCUUGCCACCUGGAGUCAUAAACAUUGUUCCAGGCCUGGGUCCGGUAGCUGGGAAAGCCAUCUCUAGUCAUGUCGGCAUCGAUAAGGUUGCCUUUACUGGUAGCACAGCAACUGGCCGGGCCAUUAUGAGAGAGGCUGCAACUAAUCUUAAGAACAUCACUUUGGAAUGCGGCGGAAAGAGUCCUUGUAUUGUCUUUGAUGAUUGCAAUUUUGAACAGGCUGUAAAGUGGUCGCAUUUUGGCAUCAUGGAUAAUAAGGGCGAGGUCUGCACCUCUACAUCACGCAUCUACGUUCAUGAGGCAAUUUAUGACCGUUUUCUUGAACGCUUUGUUCAAGUAACCAAAGAGAACGACAAGCUUGGCAAUCCCUUCUCGACUGAAACACUUCAGGGUCCUCAAGUCUCUAAACCCCAAUAUGAUAAGAUUCUCUCCUACAUCGAGCAAGGAAAGAGUUCAGGCGCAAGGCUGCUCUAUGGGGGUGCCAAGCAAAGCGCUCAGGGCUAUUUCAUCCAGCCUACAGUUUUUGUCGAUACUACUGAGGAAAUGGCCAUUGUUAGAGAGGAAAUCUUUGGUCCUGUGGUUGUCAUUUCCAAAUUCAGCUCGACACAGGAGGUCUUGGAGAAGGCUAAUAACACUUCAUACGGACUUGCCGCGGCAGUGUUUACCGAAAAGAUCUCCAAAGCCCAUACAGUGGCUCGAAAGUUGCAAGCUGGCAUGGUUUGGAUCAACUCUUCGGGUGAGUCCCACUAUGGCAUUCCAUUUGGCGGAUAUAAGUCGUCUGGAAUUGGCCGCGAAUUGGGCCAGUACGCCCUCGAUGCCUACACGCAGUCGAAGGCCAUCCAUGUGAACCUUUCCGAGGAGUGA